UCUGCAUGCCAAGACCCAUGGAGCUGCCUGCCCUUCACAUUUUCUUUGUCGAACGACCAAUCUCGACAACCCGCUCUCCGCCGCGGCCCUUUCUUCCCACAACGUACCAGAGAGUCUGCGCUCCUAGGUCCGCGUCUUGCUCGUAUAUACAAAAUGGCGGACGACAGAGAAAGUUAUUCGCCCAACCUCAUUCGCAUGUGGCGCGCCUUCCGCACAUGCAAAGAGAUGUGCAAAGAUCGCGGCUAUGAGAUGCUGGAAGAGGACUAUCAAAUCACCCUUGCCGAGUUCGCUGCCAAAUGUGGGCGCGAGGACGGCGAUGUAGAUCGCUCCCGUAUGAACUUCUCCUGUGUUCCUUCUGAGGAAAUGCUCCGCAAAUACACGGCUCCCCCGACCGCGAAGAACCCCGACCCGCAACCCGAAAUCGGCAAAAUUUGGGUGGAAUUCAACGGCGAUGAGAAUGUGGGAUUGAAGCAACUUCGCGACUACAUGCAGCAUCUUGUCCAGGGCUCCUACUACAAUGGCGUUAUGGUCACCACGAAACCCAUGACCGGUAUGGCACUGCGACUCUUGCGCGGCGCUUCGGGCAUCAAAGAGGGACCUAUGGGCGGCGUGGAGGUCUUUGUCGAACAGGAGCUGCUGGUUAAUAUUACCAAGCAUGAACUGGUACCCACGCAUGUGCUGCUCAGCAAGGAGGAGAAGGAGCAGUUGUUGAAGCGCUACCGGUUGAAGGAGACGCAACUACCCAGAAUCCAGGUCACAGAUCCUGUAGCCAAAUACUACGGCUUGAGAAGGGGGCAGGUUGUCAAGAUCAUCAGGCAUUCCGAGACGGCUGGCAGGUACGCAAGUUACCGCUGGGCUAUAUGA